AAACAACAUUGAUCGUGACGAGCAUUUUCUGUUGUGUUCGUAUUUAGAAUUGAAUUUAGAGAUUUGGCUGUAACAUGUAAUCCACUUAGUGAAGAGUGCUGAGCCUUUAAUUUAUUUAAAGGAUCUUCGUAUUUUAAUCUAAUCUAACUACCAUGGAUGACUUGAGAAGAAGGAUUCCUGAUAAGAAAGAACCUGAAUCAAGGCCUGAUUCGGAAAGUGACCAUCGGGAUGAACUCGACUCCGAGGAUGAUAAGGUAGAUGCUGCUCAGACCAUUCCUCAAGGAACUGACAAAACACCUGAAGUGCUCACAGACGUUUUAAGCGGCCUAUCUUCAAGAUGGAGAAAUUGGGUGAUAAGGACUAUAUUCACCCUCUUUAUGAUUGGUUUGUUCGGGUUUAUUAUUUAUUUGGGACCACUCGCUCUGAUGAUCACAACCUUGUUGGUGCAGGUGAAGUGUUUUGAAGAAAUAAUUAAUAUUGGUUAUGCUGUCUACCGUAUUCAUGGUCUUCCAUGGUUUAGAUCUCUCUCGUGGUAUUUUCUUUUGACCUCUAAUUAUUUCUUUUAUGGAGAGAGUUUGGUUGAUUAUUUUGGUGUAGUUAUAAACAGAACUGAGUAUCUUAAAUUUUUAGUUACCUACCAUAGGUUUAUAUCGUUUUGUCUCUACGUAUCCGGAUUUGUAUGGUUCGUCUUAUCGCUUGUAAAAAAGUAUUAUAUGAAACAAUUUUCUCUAUUUGCAUGGACCCACGUUGCUCUUCUCAUUGUUGUUACUCAAAGCUACCUAAUUAUUCAGAACAUUUUCACAGGAUUGAUAUGGUUUAUAAUUCCUGUGUCUAUGAUUGUUUGUAAUGAUGUGUGGGCUUAUCUCUUUGGAUUUUUCUUUGGCCGUACACCACUCAUUAAGUUGUCUCCUAAGAAAACCUGGGAAGGUUUCAUUGGUGGUGGCAUCGCAACUGUGAUUUUUGGACUUAUUGCCUCCUAUAUCUUGUGCCAGUACCAGUAUUUCGUUUGCCCGAUCGAAUACACAGAAGACGCAGGAAGAAUGACCAUGGAGUGUGAUCCUUCUCCAUUAUUUAGGCCACAACAAUAUACGUUACCUCAGAGUUUUGCGAGCAUCGCAACUGCAAUUGGUUUCAGCGGUACAAUUACCCUUUACCCGUUCUUACUCCACUCUCUAUCAAUGUCUCUCUUCAGCUCUGUGAUUGGACCGUUUGGAGGCUUCUUUGCUAGCGGUUUCAAAAGAGCGUUUAAAAUUAAGGAUUUUGGUGACGUAAUACCAGGACAUGGAGGAAUAAUGGAUCGAUUCGAUUGUCAGUAUUUGAUGGCUACAUUCGUGAAUGUCUAUAUAUCAAGUUUUAUCCAGAUGUCUUCGCCCCAGAAAAUUUUACAACAGGUGCUUACGUUGAAGCCGGAGCAGCAGCUGUCGCUGUUCAACAUGCUGAAGUUCGAGCUGGAGGAGAGGGGCAUUCUGACCAGAUCGCCAAUGAUACAGCCCUAAGCCUAUGGAUCGUAAAUCUAUUUUCUGUUAACAACAGCUGUUCAACAGAAGUAUGCAUUCCAAUUCAACAUGUAAGCUUCUCUGAUCUGUAAAGAGUAGCCCAAAUCUAUUUCCAAGUCUCUUUCAUUUACGAUUAGCUAACAUGGCGGUUUUGUGAAAUGUCCUGUGAAUGUAUUACCUACCUUAGCCUAUUUAGUCACGACAGGUUUAGAUGUAUUAUUAUUAUAGGGAAUCUCUGUGCAUUAGUCGCCGGAAAUCACAGUAUACCUUCAAAACAUUAUCCUUUUCCAGUUUUUAUGUUGUUUCUUUUUUAGUAAUUUUUAUAGCUAUUAGUGUAAGAAGGUGUAUAUAUAUAUUUUUUAUCUGUGCAGCUAUGUAUAAUAUCUUUAGAACAUUUAAAGUUUUAAUUUUUUUCUAAGAAUCUUGUGGAAGAAUCAAUUUAUGUCGAAAACAGUAUUUUAAUUUACCUAAUUCAUCAAGUUUAGUUGUAAUUAAUCUAAAGUGUUUUUUUUUGUUUUGUUUUGUUUUUUUCAAUUGUGAAGAAACGUG